GCUUCCUGUACAGAGACAGGCCGACAGGAAGGAGCUGCGCAGUUUAUAGCUGAAGAUUAGCGCUGUCUGCUUAGCGCUAUACACAGACAGAAUAAUGUCUAUGUCCCAUCUGUAUGGGCGUAGAGGAGGAGAGGAAGAGGAGGAUGGGGUCGAGAUUGAGAAGUUUGAGGUGUCUGAAUGGGACUUGGCCAAUGAGUUUAAUCCAGAUAGACGUCGGCACAGACAGACCAAAGAGGAGGCUACUUACGGAAUAUGGGCUGAACAUGAUUCUGAUGAUGAAAGACCCAGCUUUGGAGGCAAGAGAUCGAAGGACUACUCAGCCCCUGUGAACUUUAUAAGUGCUGGCCUGAGGAAGACUGCAGCUGAAGAGAAACAACAACAGCAGCAGGGCUCUGAUGAUUCAGACGAGAAUGAAGAAGCAGCAGCACCACCACCACCCCGUGCUACUGCACCCAAAAAGCUUCAGACGGGUGGGAACUUUAAGACUUCCCAUAAGACAUUUGCUGGAAAUAUCCGACCAGGGCAGGAUAUCGGAAGCUGGGAGAAGCAUACAAGAGGCAUCGGUCAGAAGCUUCUGCAGAAGAUGGGCUACGUCCCGGGCAAAGGCCUUGGAAAAAACGCACAGGGUAUUGUAAACCCAAUUGAGGCUAAAGUGCGAAAGGGCAAAGGAGCAGUGGGGGCUUAUGGGAAUGAGAGGACCCAGCAGUCCCUGCAAGAUUUCCCUGUGGUAGACUCUGAAGAGGAAGAAGAGAAUGAAUUUCAAAGGGAGUUGGGUCAGUGGCGUAGAGAUCCAGUAUCAGGGAAGAAAAAGCCCAAAUAUUCCUACAAAACUGUGGAUGAGCUUAAGGCUCAUGGGAAACUCACCAGUAAGAGCAUGAGCAAACCUGCUGGAGAACUUGCCCAGGUCAAGGUGAUAGAUAUGACUGGUAGGGAGCAGAAGGUGUACUACAGCUACAGUCAGAUGAGUCAGAAGCACAGCGUUCCUGAGGAGGCUCCGCUGAGUGUGGUUGCGCGAGAGCAGAAGAGCACCACUUUUGCUCUGCCAGAGCUUGAACACAACCUCAAACUGCUGAUUGAACUCACAGAGCAGGACAUCCUCCAGAGUGCUCGACGUCUGCAGCAUGAGAAGGACACAGUGGUGUCUUUGACGCAUGAAAGCACCGCUCUGCAGGCCAGGCUGAGUGAGGAGGCAGAGGCUGUGGAGAGGCUGGAGCGAGUGCUGGAGCUGGUGGAGCAGAUGGAGACAGCUGGAGACGAUGGCAGACCGCCACUCAGCCUGCAGGAGUGUGCAGACGCCUUCCAGCAACUGCAGACGCAUUUCUAUCAGGAGUACAAAACCAUGGGUUUAGCUGACCUCGCUGUGUCUGUAGUUCACCCGCUGCUUACUGAAAAACUCAAAACCUGGGAUCCUCUAAAGGACUGUUCAUAUGCUUUAGAAGAAGUAGGCCAAUGGAGAGCCAUUCUGGAGGGAACGCAGCUUCAAAAUGCUGCACCAGAUUCUAGCAGCAUGGACCCAUACCACAGAUUAAUAUGGGAAGUGUGGGUUCCGGUGCUGAGAGGCUGUGUGGCUCAGUGGCAGCCCAGGAACGUGGGGCCAUUGGUGGAUUUGGUGGACUGCUGGGCACCUGUGCUGCCUCUCUGGAUUCUGGAUUACAUUCUGGAGCAGCUCAUCUUUCCACGACUACAGAAAGAGGUGGAUAAUUGGAACCCACUGACCGACACGGUACCCAUACAUUCAUGGAUCCACCCCUGGUUGCCGCUCAUGCAGGCACGCCUGGAACCGCUGUAUUCGCCUAUCCGCAGCAAACUGGCCCAUGCACUGCAGUGCUGGCACCCCAGCGAUGCUUCUGCCAGACUCAUCCUGCAGCCAUGGAAGGAUGUUUUUACCCCUGGAGCCUGGGAGGCCUUUAUGGUCAAAAACAUUGUACCUAAGCUAGCUUUGUGUCUAGGAGAGUUGGUGGUGAACCCACAUCAGCAGUUGGUUGAACCAUUCACUUGGGUGAUGGACUGGGAAGGCAUGCUCUCUCUCUCCUCAAUGGUGGGACUUCUUGACAAGCAUUUUUUUAACAAAUGGCUACAGGUGUUGUGUUCUUGGCUGAGCAACAACCCUAACUAUGAGGAGAUCACCAAGUGGUAUUUGGGCUGGAAGAGCAUGCUCUCAGAGACUCUGCUCAGUCACCCAGUCAUCAAGGAGAAGCUCAACGAGGCUCUUGAUAUCAUGAACAGAGCUGUGGCUUCUGGACUAGGAGGCUACAUGCAACCUGGUGCGAGGGAGAACAUUGCGUAUCUGACCCAGACGGAGAGGAGGAAGGAUUUCCAGUACGAGGCUUCAGCUCAGCAGCAGCAGCAGGAGCGGCGUGAGGUGGAGAGUAGUGUCCCACGCCCUCCAGGCACUGUCUCUGUUCCUCCAUCAAUACCCACCCACUUCAAAGACCUUAUCCAGGCCAAGGCUGAAGAGAAUGGCAUCGUCUUCAUGCCCUUGGUGGGAAAGCGGCACAUGGGCAAGCAGCUGUACACUUUCGGCAGGAUCAUGAUCUACAUUGAGCGGGGAGUGGUGUUUGUUCAAGGCAAAAAGACAUGGGUUCCUACCUCACUACAGAGUCUUAUCGACAUGGCCAAAUAAAAGGAAAACAUCUCAGCCUGACAGAUGUUGUUGAGUGUGAUGCAGAUUCAGUUUGUUAGGUUUAGGUGACCGUAAGGCAUGUUUUAUACAUUUUGUAAAAAUGUGAAAAACUUUGAAAUAAAUUGAGAGGUUUUGUAGAUUAA